GUAAUAUCAGUGGUUUUCAAGAUUUGGCCUUGGGUUUCUCCGAAUCCCGGAUUCUUGGCAUCGUUUUGAGGCGAAAAAGCGCGGUUUAUCCAGGAUUGGAGAGGUAGAAUCAUGGAGCAGGAGGAGAUCAUGGCCCCAGGCGAGGCUCCCGAGGAUCCGCUGGUCAUAGAGGCGGAAAACUCCAAACUAAAAGGUGAAAAGCCGGCAAAUCCCUUUAGCCGCACCACUUAUCCAGGAUCUCUUGCCGGCGAGGCGCAGAUCCUGCAGAGCGCCCAGGUGGAGCGGCGUCUCAUUGUCCUGGUUCGCCGGCAUCCGGCGCUCUACGAUGCCCGGCAUCCCAAGUUCCAUGACGACCUGCAGCGCGAGAAAGUCUGGCUGAGCAUCGCUAGUCGUUUAUCCACCGAUUUAACCAACUGCCUGGUGGCCUGGGCGGAGCUAAGGUAUCGCUAUCAACGGCAUGUCCGCCGCCUGAGGGCCUUCCAUCGGCAGGGCAGCACUGGUGGCCACCGGCGACCGCGGAUGCGGCACGAGGAGGAGCUGCUGUUUCUCUACCCACAUGUGGCCAGGUUCCCGCUCACCGUGGAGCGAUUGCAGCCGAGCUGCGAGGUGAUUAAGGAGCCAGCGGAGGCGGAUGUGGAGAUUGUGGAGCCCCCACCCGUUGACAUCAUCGAUGUGGAUCUGGAGGAGGAAUCUCUGCGGCACUAUCGCUGCUCCAAGGAUCAGCGGCGGCUCAUCGAAGCGGUGCAGGCCUAUCCGCAGCUCUACGAUAACCAGGCGCCGGGCUACGAGAAUACCCGGCAUCGUGGGCUCAUUUGGGGCGCCAUCGCCAACGAACUCCAUGACAAGGCCACCAAGCUGAUGAAGAGCUGGCUGAAGCUGCAGACGCGCUACGAAUGGGAGCUGGCCCAUCAGUGUAGCAGCAGCAGCAGCAGCUCGGAGCUCUGCCAACUGAUGCACUUCCUCCAGCCGCAUCUGCAGCGAAUGCCGGGCACCGUCUGCAAGGCCUCGAAAUAUCUGCAAACCGAUUGGCACGAGCCCAUCGAGCACUUCCGCAGCGUCAUGUCGCUGAUCAACACGAUGCGGAAUAUGCCGGAGUUGGUUCAGAUGACGGAUGAUUCUAUGUCGAGCCCUGUGAUGCCGCCGCGCUACGAUGAACUGUGGCAAAAGGUCGGCGCCGAGGUAAUUGCCGCCCAUCAGCGCUGCGAGGUCACCUGGCUGGUGCUGCGCUCCUUCCAUCACGAACUGUGCGCCAUGCGAAUGGCGGGCUAUCAGCUGCAGGACAAGUGGUACUUCGAGAACGCCCUCAGCAGCAUCUUCAAGCAGACAGCCGCCUCGCGUGCGACAAUUCGCCCGGUUAGUCAUAAGCGGAAGAACAAUGGGGCGAUUUCUGGUGAGCCGGCGGCUAAAAUACAGGCGCCUCCGCGUCUUCCACUGGCCAUUGUCUAUCCGCCUGCUCCGAAAACUAUUAGCAAUAGCACUACCACCAAUGGAACAACGCUGCCCACCAUCACGAACGUGAGGAGCUGCUCGAAUGCACCAGCCACCCCGGAAACUGCGGUUCCCGCCUUUGUCAUCCCCAAAAUCACCUCCGCCAUGAGCGUGGCCACGCCCAAUCUGCUGCCCCUCAAACUGCCGCCUACUCUGCGGAUUGCCCCGAAAGCAGCGGCCGCCAUGGGCAUGAAUUUGGCUCCUAAUAUCCCGGCGAACAUCCAGCUAGCCAGUCCUGCUGCAGUGCGUCCCUCGUUGCCGCAGCGUCCCGGGUUGCAGGUGUCGCUGCAGCCGAAGCCUAAUCCACCACAAAUGCCGCCCGCAGCCAGUCGCUCGCUAAUUCGACCAAAGGUGAGCGUUGGAUUGCCAGUUCAGCGAUAUCCUACAUCCUCCGCACUGGGAGCGCUGCUUAGCGAGGCGCCACUGCCACAGAUUCCACAUAUUCCGAAUAUUCCUCAUAUUCCGGCGACAGUUACGCCACAACAGCUGCCCCAUUUGGUGCCCCUAAUGCCAGGGAAUAGUCCCUCCAAUCCAGGAACUCCGGGGGCGCCGAUGGUGCGAAUACAUCAGCCAGCGAUGCCCAGCGGUUGGGAUGCUGCUCCUACUGCUGCUGCUCUAAGCAAACCCACAGCAACUACAGCAACUGCAGCAGCAACAAUAAGCGUCAGUAGUUUAACGGCCACUACGAAAUGGAGUGCGGCUCCUGCAGGAGGAGAAUGCGCCAAGAAACAAGGACAAAUGGGAGCACAGUCAGCGGUAUCUGUAAUCAGGCAGAGUAAAUCAGUAGGAGAAUCACAGCCACCUGCGACGUCUCUUCCUGCAGCAGCAACUUUAAACGCAGGAGCAACUUUGAGAACAGGAGAGGCUACUUUAAACGCAGGAGCAACUUUAAGAACAGGAGAAGCAACUAUAAAUACAGGAGCAACUUCAAAAACAGCAGAAGCAACUUUAAACACAGGAGCAACUUCAAAAACAGGAGAAGCUACUAUAAACACAGGAGCAACAAUAAGUCUACGACGAACAUCAGCAACUUCAGCCAAAUCUGCAGUGCCAGCCAAACCUGCAACGUUGCCCACGACAGCCGCAAAACCAGGAGCAACAGCAACACCAUUAGCUGCAACAGCGGCAACAACGGCAAAUGUGGAUACUACAGAAGCAGAAAAAGUACCCGAGACAACAAAAUCAACAGUUUCCAGUCCAAAAACCAUACCCAAUGCCAAAACAGGACCCAAUACCAUGGCAGCCAAUGCAGCAGCAGCAAUAUCCCAUCCAGAAGCCACCACAAACAGCAAUCAGUCAAAGGAUGUAACCGUGUUCUUCCAAAAGAACGCCGCCUCUGGGAACAUGCUGCUCAUUUUUUGCGACAACCAGGCGACGCGAUACAAUCUCAAUAUGGUCAGGACGGCGACGCUGGUGCGCGAGGUGAUGGCUGUGCCCCAGCUGCACAAGAAGGAUCCCCAGCUGGCCGCCAAGUGCGAUGAGGUGUGGAAGGUGAUUGGCAAGAAGUUCCAUAUGCCAGAGGAAGCCCUGCGCGCCUGCUGGCAGUUCCUGGCGGACAACAUGAGUGUCUUUCCGCUCAUUGCGCCCAUGUCGGAGCUGAUGCGUCCGUUCAAGGCCAGCGUGAAGGUGUGGGAGAAGUCGCACCGGCUGUUCAGCAAGUUUGACGAGAUAGCGCGCAAGUACCUGUGGAUGGAGCACAAGGAGGUGCUGCCGGAUGUGAUAAGGCACUUCAGGCAGCAUGAGCAUCUCUACUGGGAGAUGCACAAGCCGCGGCCGGGCGAAGAGGCGCCAGCUCCACCGCAGUACACCGAUCAGGAGCGACUCGAAGUUUGGCGCGAGGCGCGCGUCAAGUUUCCCAAUCUCAAUCAUCGUGACAUCUGGUCCAUGUUCAAGUUCGCCUUUCGCACGUAUAUGGAGGAUCUGGAGCGGGGCAUUGAGAAUCCCUGGCCGCAGAAUUGGUGGCAGGCCUUGGAGCAGCUGCGCUUCCUGGCCUACGUGCGCUACCAUCCGCUGGAGCCCUACUACUACAUUGUGCACAACAAGAUCUCCGAGGAGGUGAAGCGCUGCAGCAUGUAUGAGGCUUUGAUGAGCGCCGAUCCUGCCGAUAAGUCCAAGCCCACGCCUACUAGUCUCUUGGCGCGCCUGCAGAAGGAGCCCAUGCCCUGGGAAACGGAGGAGGCCAAGCGAUUGCUGACUGGACAGUUGAGUAACAGCGCUCCUUCUGCUGCUCCUCCCGCUGCUCUUUCUGCUACUCCUGCUGCUCCUCCCGCUGCUCCAACUUCCGUACCUGAAGUCGAACCCACUCCCAAAAAACCUUCCGCUGUCAAGAAUACUGCCACCAAGCAAACGACGCCGACAGCCCAAAAACAGAUUCAGAUUGCCCCUCAGACGAGUCGCAACCUGCCCACCAUCGAAGCCUUCGAACUGACCCACGUCCUGCGCCGCCAUCCGCACACCUUCGAGCGGGCCAGCACCAUCGACAAGCGGACCGCCUGGGUUCGCGUCUCCAAGGAGCUGAAUGCCACAGUUACCGAAUGCCGUUUGGGCCUGCAAUAUGCUCUGCGCGAGAUGCGCGUCCUGAAGAUCACGGAUCCCACGCACCGAUGCACCAUGGGCCACAAGUACUUGCGCCACAUGACCGAGAUCUACAAGCAAGUGAAGCCGAACGGUCAGCUCACCAUCCGCACGCCACAGCAGCUGAACCAAUCGCUGGCGGAGCCAGCUCAGGAAGUUGUGCCGCAGCGUUUCGUGCCCGAGAUCAACCUGACCACCUGCAGCCCGAAUUUGGUCCUGAAGAACUGGGCCCACGCCGUCGGCAACUUGUCCCACGCCAGCCAGGAUAGUCUACUCGUCAAGCUGACGCAGCUAUUCUCCAAGUACGCCGAGGAGGCGAACGUCAGCUGGGUCUAUCCGGCGCCGCCUUAGCUCUACUGACACACGUUGCUUAGUCCUAGCCUUCUCCUUAAGAACUUUCACCGUUCCAUUGACAUCGCGAAUGCUUUCUAAAUGCGUUCGCUAUCAAUUAUUCAUCCGAUAAAAUUAUUUAUUAUUAUUUGCAUGUCAUUGCAAGAAUCCUUUUUUUUCCAUUUGAGAACAACAUCAUUUUUUUUUUAAUGAUAAGUAAAGCACCCAAAUAAAUUGCAUAAAAAAUAAUUC